GAGAAUCGGAUACAUCAUCAAAGAAAAAACCAAAACUAGGUAAAAAUCCUAACGUAGACACAUCAUUCUUGCCUGAUCGUGAUAGAGAAGAGGAUGAACGUAAGGAAAGGGAGCAGCUACGACUAGAAUGGUUACGGAAACAGGAAGAAAUCAAAAAUGAAAAAAUUAGUGUCACAUAUUCUUACUGGGACGGUACUGGUCAUCGAAAAACUGUAUCUUGUAAGAAAGGCGAUUCUAUCGCAAGUUUUUUAGAAAAAUGUCGGCAGCAAUUUCAUGAGUUGCGCGGAGUUAGCGUUGAUAACCUGAUUUAUGUUAAGGAAGAUUUAAUUAUUCCACAUCAUUACACAUUCUACGAUUUCAUCAUAAAUAAAGCAAGAGGGAAAUCUGGCCCUUUGUUUAGUUUUGAUGUUCAUGAUGACGUUCGUUUAACACAUGAUGCUACAGUCGAAAAAGAUGAGUCACAUGCAGGUAAGGUUGUUGAACGAAAUUGGUAUGAAAAAAAUAAACAUAUUUUUCCAGCAAGUCGAUGGGAAGUCUAUGAUCCCGAGAAAAAU